CAGGCUUUGUGGUAAAAUCGCGAGAAAAAUCGAGUCAGGACACACCAUAUACUCAUGGCCAUUAGCACCAUUACUAAUUAUGUGAAAAUGAAUAAUUAAUUGGUUGAUAAUUGCCGGGUUGAUUGCAUGCAAUGUAAACACCGAAAAUUUGUCGCAAAAUCGCAUACGGUCAACAAACGAGUUUUCAAAUGUGCUCAUUUACAAAUCGAUUUCAACUCAAUUUUGGGAUUCGGUAACGGAGUGUUCAAAUAAACGAAACGAAUCAACAUAUCAAACUAAUUGCAGUCGAAUUUAAAUAACGUUCAAUUAAAAGCAUGGUUCGCAAAGUCAAACCCAUAAUCACACCAUAUAUGCAUGUGUAAAGUGUGUGUUAGUGCUUAGCGAGGGCGGAAGAGAGAAAAAGCAGAAAAAGAGAGAGAGAGAGAGAGAAAAAAGGCUUCGAUUCGACAUCAAUCAAUUAAUUGGAAGCCCAAACGAGAACGGAGGACCAGCCAAGGCAAGUCAGCCAUCCGGCCGAAGAUGGACCAGCGUAAUCUAACACUGCCAACGCCAGCCGCAACAACAAUUAUGUCCUCGUCAUCCGCAGCAGCAGCGGCAGCAGCGGCUGUGAUGGCGGGCUUGGGAGUCGGAACUGCGGGAGGACCGACAACAUCUGCGCUGGCUGGUUCCACAAUAGCAUUAGCAACAGCAACAACACCGUCAACGGAUGCAGCAGCAACAACAACGCCAGCCACAUUUUUUACCUACAGCAUACCAGGCAUGGACAUAGCGCCAGGACCAUUUAUAUUCACCUACGUUAGUGAAUUUUUAUCGCUUAUCACGCCCGAGGAAUUGCCGCUGGAUUCCAUACGCGAUGUAUUACACAAAAAUACCAGCCUGCUGGACUUUGCCUCCAAUGCCAUUAAAAUCGAGUCCGGCUUCAUUGCCCUGAUGAGCGUGUUCGCCAUCCUGGCCCUGGUGCCCCUGAUCGCCACCUGUGCCUGGUGCUGUGGCCGUAGCUCCACCCAGGACGAGCUGGACCACAUACGGCAUGCCCCCUGCCACAUUCGCGACGAAUCGCUGGAGGAGAGUUUGCGGUGUCGCAAGAGCGCCGGACUGGUCACUCUGUGGAUUGUUUUCAUUCUGCUAACACUGAGCGACUUCAGCAUAUUCUACGCCAACAGUCGCCUGUCCGCCGGCAUCGAGAUGACGCCCGAGAUGGUCAAGUCAGCGGUGCACGACGUGGAGGUCUUCCUGAAGGACACGCAUCUGCAAAUCAAACACAAACUGGAUAAUGGCUUUCACGUUUCCGUGGAGCGGGUCGUCAAGGAUCUGGAAGACGUGGAUGUUCUCCUUGGCGAGCCGAUUCAAGCGGAAAUAUCCGCACACACUGGCCUUGAGCUGGCCUAUGAUUCACUGACGACACUUAGCCUGGCGAACGCGGAGCUCAUCUACCGCGUGCUCAUGCUGCAGGAGACGGUGGGCAGGGCACUGAAGCUGUCCCAGGAGGCGUCCGCCAGGAUGGAGGAGCUGCAGAUCCAGCUGUCCGUGCUGCAGCGCCAGUGCACGUACCGCGACCGCCCGCUCUGCGACACGUUGCGUAUACGCAGCUUUGAGGAGAACGGCGUCGUCGACGCCCUGAAAACUCUGCAAGAGGACCAGAGCAUCUUCCGUAUGCGCUACUUGGGCGAAAUUGAAUUCGGUGCCACUGUCAAAAAUCUGACAUCGGAAGUUGGCGUGUCACGUUCCAUUUUCAGCAAUUUCCCGCAACAAGUUAAACAUGACACGGCAUAUGAGCGGAACUAUACGUUGGAACAGUUGGCCAGUAUUCGGCACCGGACGACAGCCAACGCCCAGCAGCUGACCUCGACGGUGAACGGACUGCUCCGACGACUGGAGGGCACCUGGUCCUCGCUGCAGCCCGCCUACAGCCAGCUGAAGGAGUGGGCGGAUGCCUACUGGAGUGUGGGUUGGAUCGCCGGCACGGUUAUUGUCUGGGUGAUGCUCUUCAUGCUGAUGUCCUACUGCUGUUUCCUCUGCGAAUCGAAUGCCAAGUCCGGUGUGGUCUUCUUCAUCGCCGUAAUGCUGAUCUGUCUGGCCAGCAUUUGUCUCACCUUCUAUGGGGUAUUUUCCCUGGCCGUGGGCGGCAAUGCCGAAGUCUUCGUCUGCCGAUCUCUAUAUGAUGAGGAUUACAGUAUGCUGGGCAAGCUGCUGGAUAAGCCGGGUUACGCAUACGCCCAGGAGCCACAGAACGGCAUCAUCGGGGAGCUACUGCGUCCCGCCGGAGUCAAUCGGUCGGUGGUCAAUGUGGGUCUCGGCCAGGCCCUCAGAGGCUGCGAGCAAAAUCAAGCAUCGUACAAUGUCUUUCAAUUGGAUGCAUUCGUGAAUACCAGCAAAAUAGCCGACCUGAGGCAGUUCCCCAAAGUGUCCACGGCCAUCGAUGCGAUAUCCGUGUCCGGGCGAACGCUCCUCUCGCUCACGCAAUCCGUCCAGAACAUUUUGGAGAACAUGCUGCAGACGUCCUCGUUCAAUUUGACCACGUACCGCAGCAGUGUGGGUGCGCCCACGCCCGAAAAGGAUUUGGCCACGUUCAUUGAUCAGAUGCAGCGGGUGGCCUUGCAGAUUCAGGAUGUGGCCACGUCCUCGCGCAUGACCACUCUGGGCAGCCGCUCCAAACGGCUGCAGGCCUCCAUUCUCCAGCCGCUGGAGAACCUCCAGAACGAGAUACUGUACCACCUGACCGCCCUCGAACUGCAGCGGGAUCCGUGGGCCAAGCAGGUCAACCAGACGCUCAACCACCUGAAGAGCAUCCAGAGCUACCUGGAGAACAAGGCCGGCGAGAUAUGCCACAAUAUGACGCGAGCGUACACAGAUCGGCUGAAGGCAUAUUUGACCACGAGUCGCGCCACCAUGGAGUCCCAACUGGGCGACACCACCACCAAGUGCCGACCCUUCUACGACACCUUCGAUGCCAGUCGCACCUUCAUCUGUCGCAACAUGGUGGACUUCAUCAACGGCCUGACCUUCUUCAUCUUCCUCACGCUGCUCCUCUGGGCAAUUGGCACUCCAGUUGGCCUAAAUCUGAUCACUGUCCAAACGCGUCUGAAUGUGAUGCAGGCCGCUCAUUCGCGGAGGAGGAGCGAUCGGAGUCCGGAUCAGGAGCAGCGGAGCGAAAGUCGCGGACGAAAGAAGCAGCGGACGAGCAGUGCGGGGGCCAGCGGGCGGAGCGGCACGAGGGAGCAGAGCCGGGAACGCAGCACUAGCAGCGCGACGAGACCAAAGCCACCACUAAGACGCACUGCCACUGAAGAAACGCUGGACCUGGCCGACGAGGACUCCACCCCAUCGAGGCAACAGCAGCAACAGCAACAGCCACAGCGUCGUCAGGAGCAGAGCCAGCGGGAAAUGGACAGGGAGCGGGUUCGGGAGCGGGAUCAGAGGAGUCGGGAGCGGGAAGUGAGCCGGGGCCGUGACAUUUCCGCCAUAAAUACGCCGGUGCGCAGCCGCAGUCGCCAGCAGCUGCGCCACGAUCCCGAAGAUGACAAUUGGGGCUCAUCCAGCGGACCCAGUAGGGCCAACUCCCAUGAGCGAGAUCGCGAGUCCAGUCAGUCUAGAAAGAUUCUGAACAUUUGGCAGUCACGAAAUAAGAUCAAGACGCCACUUCGACGGCAAGGCACUGAGGAGUUCGACUUUGAUGAUGGCCAAGAGGAGAGAGGGUGGCAGAGCCAGAGCCAGAGCCAGAGUUUAAAUCAAAAUCUGAUACAGAUUCAGAACCAUUCCCAUAACCAGUCCAGUGUCAGUCCAGAGCAACGACCCGAUCCGCGCAGCCAGCGCUCCAAUCUCCGUACUAAGCCCAAGUUACGUAGUACCAAUGCGGAUAGAGCUAGCAGUGAAACGGUCCGGCGCCCCAUUACACCCGUGCUCAGCGUGAACCCGGACAUUCCGGCCGCCAUUCCGAUGCCCAGGACGCCGAUGCGUCUCAAGAGCAAGGUCUCGCUGACCGCCCGAGCCGUCCAGGACAUUGUCAACAAGCGGAAUCAGCGCCUCCAACGCACCGGCACCGAUGAAUUCGACUUGGAUGAAAGCGAUGCCUACGGUGCUGGAGGCCAUUUGGAUGCGGACGUUGCGGCCGCCCGACGCACGCCGCCCAGGGGCGCUCCUCCGCCCCCUCCUCCGCCAGCGGCCGGCUUGAACAGUGAUCGCACGGUGCGCUGGAACAAGGACGAAACCGAGGACUUUGAGUUCGAGGAUGUCGACGCGCCGAACAGUCCCAUGUACUUGAACCACAAUCUGCAUUGAACCCAUCGAAACUAUCGAAACCAUCACGAAUAUGGCACUUUGUUUUGUAUUUCGCGUUUAGCACUCCCUAGGUUUAAGUCAACUGUAGCCAUAGUGUCGAUCCAGUGUGUUCUGGCCACUUGACAAGCGUAA